GCCACGCCUGGUCGCUUUGUUACCUAGCAACCGAAGCGUCCCGGGUGCAGAGGAGUAAAAAGUUGUGCUGAGCUCCGGUACCCCGAGCCGAUCACGUGAGACGGGUGCCCGCGGAGGACAUUGAAGCCAUGAUCACCACUCAGCUGGAUGGAGACAUUCUGAAGCCACAGUUCACCGAGCAGCUGAACUAUCUGAAAGAUAGAAGUAAAUCUUUGCCGGAGAAAGAAAAAUGUGACCAACUGGCCGCCUGUCUACGAAUAUCCUCCAAGUUCAGCGGCAAGGAAAAGCUUUCUGGAGCCAUCAACAGAACUUUUCAGAGACCCAAGACCGCAAUGGCUUCUCUAGGAGGAAACAUAUGGGAUCCUUAUGAAACAACAAUGAAUAGAGACUACCCUCAUAAGGUAUGUCCUCCGCCAGUAGCCAUACGACCUAAGACCUCUAAAAGCUACAGAAACCCUUACUUUCUAUGUGACCCUGUUGGGAUAAGCAUGUACAGUGAUGAGUAUUGCUGGAAACCUUAUUCCAAGCCAGAGCCUAUCAGAGCUGCGACAGCGUCAGGAGCCAGAAAUCACAGACCCCAUCCUGAUAAGACUUUUUCAUCCUGGAAGUUACCUCAUGAAGAGAAGAAAAUUUCUCAAGAUAGCUGUUCUCCAUGGAUUAAACCUCCAACAAUUGAAGAGGUGCAAAGAGCAGUAAGGUCCCAAUAUCUCUCCACAUAUAAAGGGGACUACUUCGGAACACCACAAGGUUACCAGGUCAAAUAUGCCAUUGAUACAUCUCAAAACUGGAGGAAAGAUAUUCCUCACCCUCUGGCCACCGAAUCUAGGUUUAAUUAUCAAAUCCAACCUCGUUGCCCUAAGCUGGAUGAUUUCACCCACAAGUAUGGGUGCUACGCAAAUCGUCACCUUUCAGUUAAAGGAGUUGUUCCUACGGUGACAUAUUCUCAUAUCCGAAACCAAGAAAAUAAGAAGCAGCUGACCACGUAUCAGAGGCAUUUCGGAAGGAACCUUGUUGACCUUUCGGCACUUGCACAUCCAUUGAGUCCUGAGGAAGUGGCGCGCUAUCUGCAGAACGUUCCUAAUGAAGUGCCAGAAAGAAGAGCUCUGGAGAAGCUACUGAAAGCUUUCCCCGAGGCUGGCCAUCAAGAUGGAGGAUCGAUGGAAAGUCAAAGAAAGUUAAAUGGCUGCUAGGAAGAAGAUGGAGCUGACAAAUGCGAUUUUGACGCUGACACCUACCAUACAUGUUCUGAACGAUAUUAAAAGGGGUACUCUGGGUUUAUAAAUCUUAUCCCCUAUCCAAAGGAUAGGGGAUAAGAAGUAUGAUUGCAGGGUUUCCGCCGCUGGGGACCCCCGCGAUCUCGAUGCAGCCCCGGAAUUCUGUGCUGGGCGCUGCCUCCGAGACAAUGAAGCCCGUCACGCCCCCUCCCAUAGACAUGAAUAGAGGGGGCAUGGCCGUGAUGUCACAUUCACAGAAUGCCAGGGGCUGCACCCAGAUCGCGGAGGUCCCCAUACAUCUUAUCCCCUAUCCUUUGGACAACCCCUCUAAGUAAAGUUUCCUCCAAAAUUACCUGUUAAAAUUUCUGUUCAGCGUUUUAUUUGUUAUCUGUUUCUGGGAAAGUUGAGUGUGAAAAACAUGUACCAUUUCCGCUCAUACAACUUUUCCACAGUUCUGUGUUUCCAAUCUGCCUACUUAUGUAAUGAUAUAUCCCCUUUAUAUGUAGAAUGACAACAGCACCAUGCAAAAUUGAAUAUUUAAAAAAAAAAAAAAUCUGUCAGCUCUAUAUCAUACUUCAAGGUGUACUCCGCCCCUAGACAUCUUAUCCCCUAUGCUUGCAUUGAGGGUGUGUGGCCAUGACAUCACGAGCAAGUUGUGACCUUGAGGUCACAAGCCUUCGCCCUGCAUCGCCAGUCAUCUGGCACGGAGCGAAGUUCGCUUCAUGCACCGGAUGUCUGGGGUGCUGCAGCCAAGAUCGCAGACGUCCACAGCGGCGCGACCCCGGCGAUCAGACAUCUUAUCCCCUAUACUUUGGAUAGGGGAUAAGAUGUUUAGGGGCGGAGUACCACUUUAAAGCUCAAGUGUCAAGGAGACCCACAGCAUGCCUCCCUCCCCCACCCCUCCUUGCUUGACUUCCAUCACUGAGCCCUGCAUGUCAGUCAAUACAGGGGUGGUGGAGGGAGAAUGCAUGCUUGUUGUGGCUCAGUAAAUCUUUCUUAAAGGAGUAUU